GGAAGCUGUGACAUUUCAGUGCAUCUUUAUCUUGUACUUUCCCGUCACAUUGCUCAGGACUGUGUGUCAGUUAACAGCCAGGCCGGUGACUGCUGAGAAAGGCCCAACAUAGUAAGGACAAGACACAUCGAAGUGGAUAUUCUAUCAAAUAUAAUUGUAAGAGAGUUUACCCGGCCCGGGUUUGGGUCACCAUGAUGGAAAUCGAGAUGCCACCUGGACAUCAAUCAGAACAGGAUAUAAAUCUGAUUGACAUCCUCUGGAGACAAGAUAUUGACCUUGGUGUUGGGCGUGAAGUGUUUGACUACAGCCAAAGACAGAAGGAGUAUGAAAUAGAAAAACAAAAGAAGCUUGAAAAGGAAAGGCAAGAACAGCUUCUAAAGGAACAGGAACAAGCAUUAUAUUCUCAGCUGCAAUUAGAUGAAGAGACAGGGGAAUUCAUUCCAAUCCAGCUUGCAGCACCAAUUGAGACACCAGUCACACAGGCACCUCCCAGCUCCUUACAGCAUAAGGCUGAUUUGAGAGAAGGAGCAGCUCUAUCCUUUGAUGAAUGCAUGAAGAUUUUGGCAGAUACAUUCCAAUUUGUUGUAGACAAUGAGACACCCACAAUGGCUUACCAAACAAUGGUCCCAGCUCCCUUGAUUGAACCCAGUCAGAGCUUCCUACCUCCAGAACAGAUUCCAGAAAGUGAUCUUUUGCAGAACACAGCUGUUGUUGUAGAGACCAUUAAUGAUAUAGAAGAAACAUGGGAGGAAUUAUUGUCUAUUCCGGAGUUACAGUGUCUCGGCAAAGAGCUUGAAACUAUGGCUGAUGUGAGCAUGUACCCAAACCCAGCAUCCAUUUCAGUAACAGAGACUGCAGAUAACUACAGCUAUCUCAAUGCUUUGUCAGCUAUAGACAAGCCAGUUGAUAACAAUGGCCCUGUCUUCUCGAAUGACUUUGAAAGUUCAUUUGCUAACAGUAUCCCUACAGAAACCACAAAUGCAACAUUUAAUGUGGAAUCUUUUUGUGACGAUAUAUUUACUCUUAUUGACCCCAAAGUUUCGAAUGUUGUGCCUUUAACAGACAAUUCAGAUCAGUCCCUAACAGAGCUUUUACAUGAAACAGUUGACCUUACAGACUUGUCAUUAUGUAAAGCUUUCAAUGGGAACAAUUCACCAGAAUUCACAGACUCGGAUUCAGGUAUUUCACUUAAUACAAGUCCUUGUGCAACAUCCCCACAUCAGUCCAUGGGCUCUUCUGUCUACGAAGAUGCUCAGUUUGGCUACAGUGAUUCUGAAGUAGAUGAUAUGGACAGCACGCCUUCAAAUGUACUACCAAAUCCUCCAGUGACACACACUGCAGCAUUUAUAGACGAUGCUUUCUUUUCUCUUUCACCCCUUAUACCACAUGAUUAUUCUUUUGAAGUAGAAUCACUCAACUCUCCAGCAAAAGAAUUGCCUGUUGGCCCCGGCCACAGCAAAGUUCCGUUUGCAAAGGACAAGGGUAUAAGUCGCCUCGAAGCUCGUUUCACAAGAGAUGAGCAAAGAGCAAAAGCUCUGAAAAUUCCAUUCUCUGUUGACGAAAUUGUUAAUCUUCCUGUGGAUGACUUCAAUGAACUGAUGUCUAAGCAUCAGUUUAAUGAAGCCCAACUCGCCCUUGUUCGAGAUAUACGCAGGCGUGGAAAAAAUAAAGUAGCCGCUCAAAACUGUAGGAAAAGGAAAAUGGAAAACAUAGUGGAGUUGGAGACAGACUUGGACAAACUAAAAUAUGAGAAAGAAAAAUUGCUUUCAGAGAAAGGCGACUAUAACAACAGUCUUCGUCUACUGAAAAAGCAGUUGGGUUCCUUAUAUAUGGAAGUCUUCAGCAAAUUACGUGAUGAGGAUGGAAAGGCAUACUCUCCUCAUGAGUACUCACUUCAACAAACAAAAGAUGGAAACAUUUUUCUUGUUCCUAAGUGCAAGAAACUUGACAUUAAGAAAGAGUAGUUCUAUAUAUUUUUUGAUCUUGGGUGGAAAUCUAAUGCUUGUGUUGGUUGCGGAAGUAGAGUGUGAUUAAGGAGUAGUUUUCUUUUUUUUUUGUACUGUAGCACUUACAUUAAAAAUGGUAUAUAGAAAAAGGUUUUAAAAGUAAAUGUAUGCAAAAGUUACCUAGUUAAACCUGUUCACACAGUACUAAAACAGAAGCAAAAUAUUCAUAAGUGAUUGCCGAAGCAGAAUUUGGAUAAUUAAUAAACAUUUUGAUUGUGUUUAGUACUGCAGGUGCAUUUCCAGUUUGAUAUAUGUGAAUAUUCUCUAGUAACUGAAUUUUAUCAAAUUCACUGCUUUUAUGUUAUAAUAAAAAAGAAGCUUGUUACUGCAGUUUGUAAUGGGGGGGGGGGGAGAUAGAAUUAAAGGAACAUUAGAUAACUCUUUGUGUAAAAUUGUGCUUGUCCCACACUCUUUAUAGAGGCCAGAAAGCAAAUUAUGUAACCUAGGUUUUCUUCAAAAUGUUGCAAAUCACUAGCUAGUCAAGGCAAUUUACAGCAUUUUGAAAAAAACCUAGGUUACAAAAGUUGCUUUCUGACCUCUCUAGAGAGUGUGGGACAGGCACAUAUUUACAUAAUGGCAAGAGGUGUUGAUGUCCCUUUAAAUAGAAUUGGCAAAAAUCCUAACUUGGAUUUAGUAACCACUAAGUCUUCAUCUAUAUCCAUGUUAGAAUAUAAAAAUAAUAAUAAUGUUGGGCUUCUAGUUUGCUAGUAACAACUGAUUGUAAAAGGUUUAUUUUUUAUUGUAACGUAAAAUGAAUAUCUCAUGAUAAGGCAUUGCAUAUAAAAUCUGCUGUUUUAUUUUUAUAGAACACACUAUAUUUAACUAUUCCCUCACUAUUCUCUUUCUAAAAAAAACCCUGUAAAUAAUAUCAUAUUUAUAUAUAAAAAUCCUAUUUUAUUUGUUAAAAUAUGUACCAAAAUUAAAUUUACUACACUAAACCUAAUUUUGCUACAGAAAUAAUUUGUAAUUGCAGAUUUUGUUUUCUUUUAAUAGAAAUAGCUUUAUUUCUUUAACUAUCUUUUUUUAAUUUGAAUGUUUUUUUAAGAUGUUUUCAUUUAUCAAAACAGACGGGCAUAAAUAAAACGUAAACUAUCAAUUUGUUACUGUGGGUCCUGUGAAUUACUUAAGAAAUGAUGAAAACAUUUCAGCUUUUCAGUGGUCCACUAGUCCUGGACGACUUAGAAAUUGCAGUGGACGACUUAGAAAUUUGACUUCUUCCUAUCUUUAACAUUGAGUGGAUUAGUAACUUUUUCCCUCUGGGAUAGUAGCUUUUAACCUCUGACUAGUAAACCAUAGUGAUAUUUUUCCACCCCUGUGUGCAGAUAGAUUAUUAAUUUAUUUAUACACAUAAUGUGUCACAAAAAAAAUCACACAGUGAGCAAAACUAAACACUAGAGGUUGUAAGGAGGAAUAGUCCAGAGGAUAUCAAACUCCCACAAGUAUCAAUCUUCAAGGUACCCCCAGCAAAGGAAACACCUUUUGUUCAGUGUCUGUUAAAUAUUAGUACUCUUGUGCAAAAAGCUGCGGUUUAGCGGCACAUAGUCAAGCGUAUGUUGUAAAGCAGUGGUCAGGAUUAAUCCUGCCAGAGUGAUGAUGACCUGGGGUAACUAAAGUGAUCGUUACACAUUAUCCGAUGAGCGGUGUGUAUCAUUAAAUUAAUAAUCUAUCUGCAACACUUGGUCUCUCACUGUUUCAAUGUGCAUUGGUUCAAUAUAAUUUUUAAGUCCUUAUAUAAGUAUAUAUAUAUAUAUACACAUACAGUCGUAGUGGGUGCCUAUGUCAUAAAUACAACGUACCUUCCAAAGUUCACGUUCCUAGGUUAAACGGUUUGAGCUGGGCGUUGAUGAGUCAGUCAGGACUUUUUCUUAUAUAUAUAUAUAUAUAUAUAUAUAUAUAUAUACACAGUCGUAUGCAAAAGUUUAGGCACCCAUGACAAUUUCCAUGAUUUUCAUUUAUAUAUAACUGGGUGUUUGCAUCAGCAAUUUCAUUUUGAUCUAUCCAAUAACUGAAUGACACAGUAAUAUUUCAGUAGUGAAAUGAGGUUUAUGGGAUUAACAGAAAAUGUGCAAUAUGUAUGAAAACGAAAUUAGACAGGUGCAUAAAUUUGGGCACCCUUGUCAUUUUGUUUAUUUGAAUACCUGUAACUACCUAGCACUGAUUAAUUGGAACACACAAUUGGUUUGGUGAGCCCAUUAAGCCUUGAACUUCAUAGGUGCAUCCCAUCAUAAGAAAAGAUAUUUAAGGGGGCCAAUUGCAAGUUGUUGUUCUCUUUGACUCUCCUCUGAAGAGUGGCAACAUGGGAGCUUCAAAACAACUCUCAAAUGACCUGAAAACAAAGAUUGUUCAACAUUAUGGUUUAGGGGAAGGCUACAUAAAAGCUAUCGCAGAGAUUUAAGCUGUCAGUGUCCACUGUGAGGAACAUAGUGAUGUUAUGGAAGACCACAGGCACAGUUCUUGUUAAGGCCAGAAGUAAAAUAUCGGAAAUGCAAAGGAUGGUGAGAGCGGUCAAAAACAGACCACCUCCAAAGACCUACAACAUCAUCUUGCUGCAGAUGGUGUCACUGUGCAUCGUUCAACAAUUCAGCGUAUGGGAGAGUGAUGCGGAAGAAGCCUUUUCUGCACACACGCCACAAACAGAAUCACUUGAGGUAUUCAAACGCACAUUUGGACAAGCUAGCUUCAUUUUGGAAGAAGGUGCUGUGGACUGAUGAAACAAAGAUUGAGUUAUUUGGUCAUAACAAGGGGCGUUAUGCAUGGCGGCAAAAGAACACAGCGUUCCAAGACAAACACUUGCUAGCCACAGUAAAAUUUGGUGGAUGUUCCAUCAUGCUGUGGGGCCAGUGCCAGUACUGGGAAUCUUGUUAAAGUUGAGGGUCGCAUGGAUUCCACUCAAUAUGAGCAGAUACUUGAGAAUAAUGUUGAGGAAUCGGUCACAAAGUUGAAGUUAUGUCGGAGCUGGAUAUUUCAACAAGACAACGACCAAAAACACUGCUCAAAAUCUACUCUGGCAUUUAUGCAGAGGAACAAGUACAAUGUUCUGGAAUGGCCCUCCCAGUCCCCAUACCUGAAUAGCAUUGAAAAUCUGUGGGGUGAUUUGAAGCGGGCUGUCCAUGCUUGGCAGUCAUCAAACCUAACUGAACUGGAGAUGUUUUCCAACGAGGAAUGGUCGAAAAUACCUUCAUCCAGGAUCCAGACACUCAUUACAGGCUAUAGGAAGUGUCUAGAGGCUGUUAUUUCUACUAAAGGAGGCUCUACUAAAUAUUUAUGCAAUAUUUCUGUUGGGGUGCCCAAAUUUAUGCACCUGUCUAAUUUCGUUUGGAUGCAUAUUGCACAUUUUCUGUUAAUCCAAUAAACCAUUUCACUACUGAAA